UUAAAUUUGUUUUUCAGAUUGGAUUUCAGAAGAUCCAACAGCAGAGGACCAUGUUUUCUGUAAAUAUUGCAAGUGUAGUGUACGUGCACAUUAUUCUGAUUUAAUGAAACAUGUUGCUACAAAGAAACAUAAGUCUAAUGAAGUUCAGUGUGGUAAGUUUCAGCCUCUGAAUGUACUUGAAGUGCCUAGAAUAUUGCCAUUAGCAAAAAUUCACAGAGAAGCUCGAAUUGCUCUGUUUGCUGCAAUGAGCACAUCUAUAAACUCUGUUGAUACUCUUGGAGAAAUUCUGAAUGAUGAGUUUAAAGAUGUAAGCAAUGGCAAAGAAACAUUUCAUAUGCAUCGUACGAAAUGUUCUGCUCUAAUAAAAAAUGUUUUGGGACCUUAUCUACAGCAGAAACAUCUAGAAGAUUUGAAAACAGCAACAAAAUUCUCUCUUAUGAUAGAUGAGUCAACUGACGUAUCCGAUUCAAAGCUCCUUGCUCUCUGCUCCAAACAUUACAGCAGAGAAUCGGGAAAAAUGAUCACUUGCUUCCUUGACGUGGUUGAAAUUCAAGAUGGAUGUGCUACAACUAUGCACGAUGCAGUUGUGUAUAAAAUGCAAGAGCUGGGUCUAGACAAAAAUAAAUUGAUUGGAAUUGCAACUGAUGGUGCUGCUUCUAUGUGUGGAAGAAACAACUCUCUUUAUACACAUUUGAGAGACUUUUGUGGAUAUGAUCUGAUACAUGUUAAAUGCAUCUGCCACUCUUUGGAUUUGGUGGCAUCUGCAGCGAAGGAUGAGCUGCCAAGUAAUAUCAGCUUCAUGCUACAGGAAACAACUGAACAUUUUUCUCACAGUACACUGCGUAAGAAUAUCUACAAACAUCUAUUUCAUGUGAUGAAUGAUACUACUGAUGAAGUUUCAGCUGACCCAUUAAAGUUAACAACCCCAAGCAAGACACGAUGGCUAUCUAUUUCUCUUUGUGUAGAAAGAAUUCUUAAUCAGUAUGAAGACCUGAAGUUAUAUUUUUCAGUUUAUCCUGCAAAGGACUACAAGAUACGUCUUCUUAGUGAAAUGUACGGAGAUGCUAGGAAUAAAGCAUAUUUGCUUUUUCUGGAUCCCAUUCUUUCGGAACUCCGGAGAGUCAACUUACUUUUUCAAAGUGAAAAUAUAGAUACUUUCGCAGCUAUUAAUGAAUUACAGUCACUGUUUAUAUCAUUUGCAAAAAGAAUUAUAAAACCUUCAGUCAUAAAUAACCAUUCUCUAGAACAGUUCUUGUGCAUGGAUUUGAUGAAUUUAAAAUCAGUAUACUUGCUCAUACCUGACUGUGACUUGGGUACAAAUUUUCACAGUUUUCUCGAAACUUCAUCAUUUUCAGUUCAUUCAAAAUUUGAGAUUAAGGAAAGAUGCUUUAAUUUUUUAAAAACAACAAUUCGUCAAUUACAAAUUCGGCUAUCAAAUUCAAUACAGUGGUCAAAUCUAGUGGAAAGUGUGCGACCUGCAAAACUUUUACAGAUUUACGAAAUUCAAUCAAUCAUAAAAAAACAUUUGCAAAAUACCGAAAUCCAUAUGCGAUUUUAACAGCGUGGAAUUAGAGAAGAUGAUACGCUGUGUCCAAAACAUUCCAGGAAUUACUCCAGACACAACGGGAGAACAUUUUUGGAAAACAGUUAUUGAAUAUAAGGAUACUGCAGGUAAUAAUCCUGCAACACGACUUGCUGAAGCAGCGUUGAAUAUACUUACACUACCGAUAUCAAAUGCUUCAGUAGAAAGAGCUUUUUCUGCUGUUAAUUAUUUAAAAAGUGACACAAGGAACAGAAUGGGGUUGCAACUUUUACGUGCACUCCUUCACAUUCGAUUUUAUUUACUUUCCAGAGACAUACGUGUGAGUGAAUGCAAAUUACCUGAAGAAUUACUUAAAAGUAUUAAUAGUUCUAUGUAUGAUUAAGGCAUAUUAUAAAUUAUAACAACAAUUAUGUAGGUUAUAAAAAUAUAAUCUGUAUAUUUAUUGUGUUGCAUUUAUUCCAUUAGUUUUUAAGCCUGAAUAAAUAGAAUACUUACAAACCGAUGUUAAUGUUUUAAAUUUUAAAUACUGCACCUAUUGAAUCUAAUGCUUUAUACAUGUUGACUGUGGCAUUUAGCUCGAGAGCAGGGUUGUUCCAAGCCUUUCUAAAAGGGUACUAAAAAGAGUAUUAGAUAACAAAAAAUGGUAUUAAGUUUUCUUUAAAAAAUCGACUAGUGAC